AAAUCAAUUUCUUUGUAAAGGCAAGACUGAACUUAAUCGCAACUGUUUCGAUUCUAAUAAGCAGUCUCAAAAAAUAUAAACAACAAGAAACUCGUGUCUUGUGGCUAAAUUAAUUUAUUCUUUUCAUUAAUUACAACUUUACUUCGUGAUGGCAAAAAGUUUGAGAAGCAAAUGGAAAAGAAAAAUGAAAGCAGUUAAAAGGGUGAGGUAUGGAGAAAAAGAACUGAAACGUUUGAAAAGUAUUCUUCCAAACCCAGUAGCUAUUGAUGUUAAUAUGUCUGAUAUAUGCACAGUUCUCCCUAAAGGAGCAUUGAGUAAAAACAGUAAACCACUCAAAGAUGAAGAAGGAUGUUCUCAGACUAAUAAAACUAGGUCAAUACUAAAAAAAAAGGAAAUUUCUUUUCUCAAAGAAAAGCAAAGAAUUGCAAAAGAAAAUAAUGAAGAUGAAAAAUGCAGUGCAAAUGAAAGCAUGGAAAUAGACGAAUCCAAAAGAAAGUAUCAUCCAAAGAAGAUGAUCGAUGAGAAUGGGAAUUAUCCGAUAUGGAUGAAUAGAAGAGCAAUCAAAAAGCUUAAAGAGAAAAAUCGUCGUUUAAAUCAGAAAACAAAGAAAAAUAAAAAGAAACAUGUGUAAACUUAUACAGUUUAAUAAAUGUUGUACAUAUACCUG